UCUCUCGCUGCGAGGACCCUCCGGAGAGGCGCCAUUUUAGACUUCUUGCCGGGGCUUGACGUCGCUUGUUGUUGUUGUUGUUGUUGUUGGUUCCGCUGUCGAGGGCUUUCUCCGUCUCUUUCUGGCCAUGAGCGUCGUGGACCAUGUGCGGGAGAUGGCGGCCGCCGGGCUCCACUCCAACGUCCGGCUCCUCAGCGGCCUCCUCCUCACCAUGAGCGGCAACAACCCUGAAUUGUUUUCCCCAUCACAGAAGUAUCAGCUCCUUGUGUAUCAUGCAGAUUCUCUUUUCCAUGACAAGGAAUACAGAAACUCUGUAAGUAAAUACACAAUGGCCUUGCAGCAGAAGAAAGCCUUGAGCAAAACAUCCAAAGUCAGGCCUUCGACUGGGAAUGCUGCAUCUACUCCUCAAAGCCAGUGCCUGCCUUCUGAAAUUGAAGUGAAGUACAAAAUGGCAGAGUGCUACACAAUGUUAAAGCAAGACAAAGAUGCCAUUGCUAUACUUGAUGGAAUCCCUUCAAGACAAAGAACUCCAAAGAUUAACAUGAUGCUGGCGAAUUUAUAUAAAAAGGCGGGCCAGGAACGCUCCUCUGUGACAAGUUACAAAGAAGUUCUGAGGCAGUGCCCGCUUGCUCUUGAUGCCAUCCUAGGUUUGUUGUCGCUCUCAGUGAAAGGUGCAGAGGUUGCCUCCAUGACAAUGAAUGUAAUCCAGAGUAUCCCAAACCUGGAUUGGCUUUCAGUGUGGAUCAAAGCGUAUGCGUUUGUGCACACAGGAGAUAACACCAGAGCGAUCAACACCAUCUGCUCACUGGAAAAAAAGUCACUACUGAGGGAUAACGUGGAUAUACUGGGAAGCUUAGCGGAUCUGUAUUUCCGAGCUGGUGACAAUAAGAAUGCAAUUCUAAAAUUUGAGCAAGCACAAAUGUUGGAUCCGUAUUUAAUAAAAGGAAUGGAUGUAUAUGGUUACUUGUUAGCCCGAGAAGGUCGUCUGGAAGAUGUGGAGAAUCUAGGCUGUCGGCUCUUCAAUAUUUCUGAUCAGCAUGCUGAGCCUUGGGUGGUAUCAGGGUGUCACAGCUUCUACAGCAAGCGCUAUUCCCGUGCCUUGUAUUUAGGAGCCAAAGCCAUUCAGCUGAACAGCAAUAGCGUACAAGCUUUGCUUCUGAAAGGUGCCGCUCUUCGGAACAUGGGGAGAGUGCAGGAAGCCAUCAUCCACUUCAGAGAGGCCAUACGGCUUGCUCCUUGCAGGCUGGACUGUUAUGAAGGCCUCAUUGAGUGCUACUUGGCAUCUAAUGGUCUCCGCGAAGCCACAGUCAUGGCUAAUAAUGUGUACAAAACCUUGGGAGCUAAUGCACAGACACUGACUCUUUUGGCAACUGUGUGUCUGGAAGAUCCUGUGGCACAGGAGAAAGCAAAGACUUUGCUAGACAAAGCAUUGACACAGCGCCCUGAUUACAUCAAAGCAGUGGUGAAAAAAGCAGAGCUUCUCAGCCGGGAACAGAAGUAUGAGGAUGGAAUUGCUUUGCUGAGGAAUGCUCUGGCCAACCAGAGUGACUGCAUUCUGCAUCGAAUGUUGGGGGACUUCCUUGUAGCUGUUAAUGAAUAUCAGGAAGCUAUGGACCAGUACAGUAUUGCUCUAAGUUUGGAUCCAAAUGAUCAGAAGUCAUUGGAAGGAAUGCAGAAAAUGGAAAAAGAAGAAAGUCCCACAGAUGCUACCCAGGAAGAAGAUGUGGACGACAUGGAAGGGAGUGGCGAGGAAGGGGACCUAGAAGGCAGCGACAGUGAAGCAGCCCAGUGGGCAGAUCAAGAACAGUGGUUUGGCAUGCAGUGAGAUUUCCUCUGAUCUACCUGGGAAUCCUAUCACAAGAUAAGUGAUUCAAGAUCUCCUGCUUCUUUUUGGCAUAAAGAACGCCAAGGACAGUGGGUGCUGCUGGAGAAACUGGACUGAGGCACCAUCCAAAGCAGUGAAGCGGUUGAAAAAAUGACUUUGAGUUCUGUUUCUGCAUUAUGCUCCAUAUUUAAUGUGAAGGCUGAGCAAUGUGAGUGGCUUGGUGGCGAGGCAUUGGUGUCAAGCAGAGAUUUUGAGUUCUUAUUUCUAAAAUUAGAAUGUUUAAAGCACAUAAAACAUUUCUCAAACAUCAGUUAAUGACUAAAGCGAUGUCGGAAUCAUGUUGCAAACUAAUUAUGCUUGAUCUCCAGUGGUGGAUAAAUGUAGGCAGCUCUCAUAUCCUUUUAUGAAAGAAAGCUUUAUGCCAGGAGCCUGUACAGUGUCUUGAGAUGCAUGCACUCCUCCACAAACCUGCAGGAGUCUCACCGAGGAGCAGUCAAUUUACUCCCAGCCCUUUCCCUCACUUCUCCUGUUCUUUUUGUGUAGGCCACUUCACAUGCACACUCUAAAAUCAAAGCAUGCCAGUUCUGCGCUAACAAGUGCCAAAGCCUCUACAUGAAUACUGGGAAAAGUGGAGCAGCAUUGAGGAAAGUACAACUAAGAAGAGGCUCUUAAGACUUGUUUCAUACUGGGUAAUACCAAGGAAUAAUAACUAACCCCUCAUUGCCCCCCUGAAUAUAUGAAUAUUAAAACAUCCUUGCUAACAUUUUGUGCGUCAGCAUUUGGUAACUUUGUCAAGACACAGUCCAGCAGUAAGUUCAGCUGAGCAUGCCCUGUUGAAACCUAUGUCAGAAAAUAGCCCAUAAAUAGGCCAGAAUUGUUUGCAAGUAAGAAUAGUUGACACAAAGUGGGAAAUAAACUGACGCAAACUUUAGCUAUGGCUAGCAUUUUGUAUUACAUAUGGAGUUGAAGCCCCAAACUGCAGAAAUAAACUAAAUAGAUCAGAGUUAAAAGUUUGAAAGGUGUGGCAAAGACAGCCCACUGUCAACUCACCGCAGUUAGUAGAAGGCUCCUGGUUGGUAAGGAAAGUACUAAUAUCCAGCCAGUUUUUGGCUACUAAAGCUUCUGCCAGAGGUCAUAAGUUGAAAAGGAUUUAAUUUAUGGACAGGAGUGAGUUUCUUUGAAAACCCCAGAAAGGAGGGAUUGUUUAUUGACUAAAUUAACUAGUAUGCUAUACAAUUUGUGUUAACUCUAGAGCUAGAAUAGUAUAAAUGCUAAAAUUUUGUUGAACCUGAAAUAUACAGCAGGCCAGGAUACAGUCAACAUUCUGAGACAGGGCUUAGUUUGGCAUAGCAGAAUCAUUUUGCUGUUUCUUGGAACAACAAAAGUCCUAUGUUGAUUCACAAACUGCUUUGGGAAUUUGAGGAAAUAACCAGUAAGACUGAAGGAAAAUACCCAAAACCAUCCUUGGGUUCACAAUGUUCAUUCAUGCAGGUCUUUGGAUUUGGUUCCGACUUCCUAAGUCUUAAAGAGAAUGAUGGCUAAGUGGAUUUUUAGCAAAGGUGAAAUUUGAACUCAACAUUUCUCCGCUUGUGCCUUCUCCAAGAAAGGAAAAUUCUGACUGCAUGUAAAGCUAAGAGCCUUUCUAGUUAUUACAAAAUUUUUGUACUGUAUUGUUUAUACACUCAGUGGAAAUAAAAAUUCCUUUCCCCAGGGAUCCUGGAGCCCAGACCUGGGGCAGAAA